AUUACCAAAGGAUCAGUUGCCAAACAAAUUCUUAUUGGAGCUUCAAUUGGAGUCUGUUCUGGACUGGUUCUCACUAGAGUUGGUAAGCCAGCAUCAGCUGCCAUUGGUGGGACUCUUUUAUUCAUUGCUGUUGCUAAUAACCAAGGUUGGAUAAAAAUAAAUUGGAGUGCUACUGAUAAAAUGGUCAACAAAGCGAGGAAGAAGGUUGAAGAACUUGAAGGCAAGAAGGCACAAGUCAGCAAUUUUCUGCGUGCAAAACGAUUCAUCAAACGAAAUAUUUCUUUUGUGGCUGGUUUUUUGGGUGGAUUUUCGUUGGGAGUGGCU